UCUACUCUUUAGGCCUUAGCAUUGUGUGGUCUGAAACUGAAAGAAACCAAUGGUUGGUGCCAACAUUGGAAUGGGAAUCGUCCCAACUCACCGAGUCACGAUAUCCUCCAACGCCGUUCCUCCGCCCCGAGUUCACCCGCUCCGCACUCGUCCUUCACUCCUCAGCCUCAGCCUCAAGCUCCGAGCCUCCUCCGUCGACGCUCCAUCCUCCUCAGGAGAGGGUGUUGAGAAUUUGGUAAUUAUAGGUUCAGGGCCUGCAGGGUACACAGCAGCAAUAUAUGCAGCACGUGCCAAUUUGAAACCUGUAGUGUUUGAGGGUUACCAAGUGGGUGGUGUUCCUGGGGGGCAGUUGAUGACUACUACUGAAGUUGAGAAUUUUCCAGGAUUUCCUGAUGGGAUAACUGGACCAGAUCUCAUGGACAGGAUGCGACGGCAAGCCGAACGAUGGGGGGCUGAAUUGUAUCAAGAAGAUGUUGAAGUUGUUGAUGUAAAAAGUAGCCCUUUCACUGUCCAAAGUACUGAUCGUAAGGUUAAGUGCCAUACUGUCAUUUUUGCCACUGGAGCUGCUGCAAAAAGACUUAGACUACCCCGGGAAGAUGAAUUUUGGUGCCGAGGAAUUAGUGCUUGUGCAAUUUGCGAUGGAGCAUCACCUCUCUUUAAGGGUCAAGUUCUUGCUGUCAUUGGAGGGGGGGAUACAGCUACUGAGGAAGCAUUAUACUUGACUAAAUAUGCUCGUCAUGUUCACUUAUUAGUACGGCGGGAUGAACUAAGGGCCUCCAAAGCCAUGCAAGAUAGAGUAUAUAACAAUCCCAAUGUCACCGUGCACUUCAAUACAGAGGCUGCGGAUCUUGUGAGCAAUACAAAAGGACAGAUGUCUGGCAUUUUAGUUCGAAAGGUUGAUACUGGGGAGGAGUCGGUGCUUGAUGCAAAAGGACUAUUUUAUGGAAUAGGUCAUUCACCAAAUAGCCAACUUUUGGAAGGCCAAGUUGAGCUUGACCACUCUGGCUACAUACUAGUUGAGGAGGGUACUGCAAAAACUUCAGUUGAAGGUGUAUUUGCUGCUGGAGACGUGCAGGACCAUGAAUGGAGGCAAGCCAUAACUGCUGCUGGAUCUGGAUGUGUUGCUGCUUUAUCAGUUGAGAGAUAUCUUGUAAGCAAUGAUCUUCUUAUAGAAUUCCAUCAGCCCAAAACUGAAGAGGUUAAGAAGGAACUUACAGACAGAGAUGUUCAAGAGGGCUUUGACAUUACACGUACAAAGCAUAAGGGACAGUAUGCUCUACGAAAAUUGUAUCAUGAUAGUCCAAGGCUUAUAUGCGUAAUAUAUACAGCACCAACGUGUGGUCCAUGUAGGACACUAAAGCCAAUUCUAAGUAAGGUGAUUGAUGAAUUUGAUCAGAACGUACAUUUUAUUGAAAUUGAUAUAGAGGAAGAUGCAGAAAUAGCAGAAGCAGCUGGAAUCAUGGGUACACCAUGUGUCCAGUUUUUCAAAAACAAGGAGAUGCUUAGGACUGUCUCAGGUGUCAAAAUGAAGAGAGAAUACAAAGAAUUCAUUGAAGCGAAUAAAUAGUUUUAGGUAAAACAUUAGAGGGCGAUUCCCUCAUUCUGUGAUUCAAUUUUGCUUUCCAAAUUGACCAGCUAAAUAGUGCUGUUAAUGUUGACAUGUGACAACUAUUCUUCCUUGAGCUAAUUAGCUACUUCAUAGAUUGUACAAGUGGAGUUGCCAAUCAAUAUUAUAGUUUUGAUUGUCCAGUAUAUAUAUUUUCGAAUUCAAUUAAAGGGCGAGCCUU